GGAUUAGAUUAUAAGAGAGUUUUUUUCCGGAUAUUUAUAGUCUAAGAGACUUCUCCGUUUUUUUUUUCUUCUUAACUAUUUUGUUGGCUUUAUUCUUCUAAGUUUCUGAGAAAUUUUGAUUUGUCGGGCUUCGAUUUUCGGGGUUCGAUAUUUUUCUUCUCAAAGUUUUCUCGAUUUCUUCUGGGUAUAAUCAUGUCCGAUGGAUACUAUAGUUCUAAGAAGACGGACGAUAUCUGCGAAGAUGUUUGUGGACAGGAUGGUUCUCGAGCAGCAAAGGCCUUCUCAAGGGUUAGAUGUGUACUAAAGGGACUCGAUUUCAAGACAUACAUCUUCUUCUUCACCAUUGUUCCGAUAUUCAUCUUUGGAGUGUAUCUUCACGGCCAGAAGCUCACAUAUUUCUUGAGACCGCUAUGGGAAUCGCCGCCGAAGCCGUUUCAAACGCUUCCCCAUUACUACCAUGAGAACGCCUCCAUGGAAACGCUCUGCAGUCUCCACGGCUGGAAACACCGCGAGUCUCCAAGGAGGGUCUUCGACGCCGUGCUGUUCAGCAACGAGGUCGACAUGCUCACCAUCCGGUGGAAAGAGCUGUACCCUUACAUUACUCAGUUUGUGAUCCUCGAAUCCAACUCGACUUUCACUGGUUUGCCUAAACCGUUGGUUUUCGCUGGUAACCGGGGGAAGUUCAAGUUUGCGGAGCCGAGGCUGACGUAUGGGAACAUCGGAGGGAGGUUCAGGAGAGGUGAGAACCCGUUUGUGGAAGAAGCGUACCAGAGGAUUGCGUUGGACCAGCUGAUCAGACUCGCCGGUAUAGAAGAAGACGAUCUUUUGAUAAUGUCUGAUGUUGAUGAGAUUCCGAGCGCUCACACCAUCAACCUGCUUAGAUGGUGCGAUGGAUACCCACCGAUUCUCCACCUUCAGCUGAAGAACUACUUGUACUCGUUCGAGUACUUCGUCGACAACAAAAGCUGGAGAGCUUCGAUUCAUCAGUACAAGCCCGGGAAGACCAGAUACGCUCAUUUCCGACAAGGCAACACGCUUUUGGCAGAUUCGGGUUGGCAUUGCAGUUUCUGUUUCAGGCGCAUCAGCGAGUUUGUAUUCAAGAUGAAAGCGUACAGCCACAACGAUCGGGUCAGGUUCUCUCAUUAUCUGAAUCCGAAACGAAUCCAAGAUGUGAUAUGUAGAGGCACUAAUCUGUUCGAUAUGCUUCCGGAGGAGUAUACAUUCAGGGAGAUCAUCGGGAAGUUAGGUCCUAUCCCGCGGUCGUACUCCGCCGUUCACCUCCCAACUCAUCUGAUCGAGAAAGCUGAGAGUUACAGAUACUUGUUGCCUGGAAACUGCAUAAGGGAAAGUGGCUGAUAAGUGUGUGCGCUUAUCAGUCUUUGUAGUCGUUAGGUAAUUUGGGGGAAACGGCUUAUCAUCAGUAGAGAGGGAGUUUGAAACAGAGGAUGGUACAGUUUAUUGGGAUUGGAGGGGAGCGAUCUGAUAAGUGGAGUCUCUGGUUUCAGCAUCUCUCUCGUGAGGGUAUAUAACCUUUUGUCUGCUUAUAAUACUGACCAUGUUCCCAUGUUGUUUUGGGAAGUUUUGCUGGAAUAGUCUCUAUCUCUCUUUCUCUUUACUUCAGACCUCUUUUCAAACUCUCGCUUUUAGUCUGUACAAUUUUAUUAGUGAUUUGUUUACUUUUAUCCUCAGAUUCUUUGUAAUCUUUAUUUUUUUAAAUUCCUAAUUUGAUAUGUUGGUUCAUUUUAGUCCAUUUUGUUUCCAGUGCG